AUGAAAAAGGAUUUCACCUCUUUCACAUCAGAAGACUUAGCUAUUUGGUUGAAUUCACUAAGUUGUGUGCUUGUUGUCUACGUCGAACCAAUCCUCUGUUCUAUCGGAUUCUUAUUAAACUGUGCUUGUAUUGCUGUAUUUCUAAGUGUUUCAUCUCAUGGAUAUUUCCGAAAAACAUCUUUACUUACAUAUCUGAUCGCAUUAUCAGCUUGUAAUGCUAUUCAACUUCUAUUUUCUGUUUUUGUCAUCGUUCUUCCGGCCAUGGAACAGUUUAUUGGGGAAGAGCAUGCUGAGCGCGCUACCAAUCUACGAAGUAUUAACUCCAAAACUGUUCGAUUAGGCUAUCCAUUGCUUCUAGCUGCUAAUUAUUCAGCUAUAUGGUUAUUAGCUUUGACUUGUGCUCAAAGAUAUCAGGCUAUAUGUCAUCCAUCAAAUCCAUGGAAAAUGCGUUUGAGUUGUGUACGACGUAGCAAAGCAGCUGUGACUUUCGUUGUAACUGUGGCCAUAGCUCUAAACAUCAUUCGAUUUUGGGAACUUGAAUGGAAAGACGACCAAGGAAUUGUUGUAAAUUCCAAAUUAAGAGAUCAUAUUUUAUAUAAAAUUAUUCAAGAAGGGCUUGUAUACGGAGUUAUAGUUUAUGGAUUACCUAUAUGCUUACUUAUUUGGUUAAAUAAAAAUAUAAUCCAAUUGAUUCACUCAGAGCAGAUUCAUGUGCAGCCGUCUCGUCGUUCAGCAGAAUAUCGAACAGCACUGAUGACUGUUUGUGUUUUUGUUGUUUUUUUCUUAUGCACAACAUUAUCAGCUUCAAUAAGAUUAUUCAUGAUCGUAGCCGGCGAAGUUGUGGACGCUGUCGAUCUCGUUUGGCUUGUGGAUUUAUCAAAUUUAUUAAUGAAUAUUAAUGCUUUAAUAACUCCAAUUAUAUGUUUUGUAUUCACACGAGGAUUUAAGGAUUUGUUCUUCGUCAUACGAUUUGCUCCAAAGCUAUCAAUAGAGAAAGUUGACUAUUUCCAUGUGCCGUCACAACAUCAAAUGCUGUCGGCUGAAUACAGAAGUGAUCUCAUCUGA